AUGUCCGACGACGGUCCGCUGCUCAUCCGGCCCGUGCCCCAGCGACCCUUUUCCCUCCGUCGACAGAGCGCGACCCCUACAGAUGACGAGCCAGACGGCACCUCCUCUUCCACCACCGCCGCCCCCGCCGGGCCCAUCGGCACCACCACGUCUUCGCCCGGCCUGCACAGCCACCUCACCGCCGCCCUCGCCGCCUGGAACCGAAGCACCGGCGGCGGCGAGGCCAACCCCUCGGAGCACGCCUCGCCCGCCAUCAGCCGCCCGGCCUCGAUUAUGAAUCUGACCUCGUCGACACUCUACGGCAUCUACUCACCAACCACCGGCGGGCCGCGCGACCGCGACGACGUCGUCGACGACUCCCCCUGGGGCAUGGGCGCGCAGACCCCCGUGUACCGGCCCGGCCUCGACGAGCCCACCUUUGCGCUGAUGCGCGAGCGGUCGCACCUUGACCGCCGCCGCUCGUCGUACAGGGGCGCAGAGAUGCCGCGCGGCCCGUCGGCCAACAUGAGCAGCCUCCAGGUCGCGUUGCGCACGGCGCUGCUGUUUGUGCUCGGGCUGGGGUAUGGCGCGCUUGUCACCCGCCUGCACGACGACGACGACAGGAUGCGCACCGGUGCGGCCACGGACGGCCCGGUCGCGCCGCGCCGCGGCUUCAACUCGACGUACCUGGGCGCCUGGGGCGUAGCGGGCGUCGUGCUCGGGUCCCUACUGCCUUGGUUCGAUGGCGUCUGGGAGGCGUACUAUGGCGUCUGGGACGCCGCGGCGGAGGAGGAUGACGUCGUGACGGAUGGCGACAACGCACCAAGCAAGGCCGUCGAUACGGGACUCGACUAUGCGUUGGUGAUGCGCGCAAUCGGCUCGUUUGUUGGUAUCUUCUUUGCCAUUGUAAGUUUUUUCUUCCAACCUCGACCGAUUCCUCCCUUCAGUCUAACAAGAGAAACCUCACAGCGUAAACUUGCAUGGGACUCGACGUUGCAGAUCUCCGCCACGCUGGCGCUGGCCAACCCGCUCCUGUGGUGGCUCAUCGACCGCUCGAUGCCGGGCUUGCUGCUCUCCGCGGCCGUCGGUGUGGUGGGCUCCCUGCUGCUUCUCGGCAUCAGCCCGGACAUGAUGCCGACUCCGUCACUGCAGAUUCUGCGCCAGGCUGGCACAGUUAACGGCACCGGCACCGGCACCGGCGAGGGCGGUGGUGCGGCGGCACCGCGCGCGACAGCGGACAACCAGACGAUCGAAACGGGCGUGUGGAUGGUGAGCGUGCUGUUUUGCAGCUGUCUCUGCUUCGGCAACAUUGGGCGCCGGCUGUUUACGGGACGCACGUCGGCGGGCAAGACCCGUUGGGGUGGCGUGCGAUGA